AUGAAGUGGAAGGCCCUGUUGUAUAAGCGAGGGCGAUAUUCGCAAUAUUCACCCGACUCUCUCUCUCUCUCUCUCUCUCUCUCUUUCUCUCUUUCUCUCUCUCUCUCUCUAUCCUUAAUUUCGAUUCUGCCUGUAUUUGUCCGUCUGUUUCUUUCUUUCUCAGUAUGUCCAUAUCUAUCUUUGUUCCUAUCUAUCUAUCUAUCUAUCUAUCUAUCUAUCUAUCUCAGUUUGUACAUAUUUAUCUAUCUCAGUAUUGUCAGUCUGUACAUAUCUAUCUAUCUAUCUAUCUAUCUAUCUAUCUAUCUAUCUAUCUAUCUAUCUAUCUAUCUAUGUAUUUCAGUCUGUUCAUAUCUAUCUAUCUAUCUAUUUCAGUCUGUUCAUAUCUAUCUAUCUAUCUAUCUAUCUUAUCUAUCUAUCUAUCUAUCUAUCUAUCUAUCUAUCUGUCUGUCUGUCUGUUUAAGUCUGUACAUAUCUAUCUAUCUAUCUAUCUAUCUAUCUAUCUAUCUAUCUAUCUAUCUAUCUAUCUAUCUCAGUUUGUUCAUAUCUAUCUCAGUUUGUACAUAUCUAUCUAUCUAUCUAUCUAUCUAUCUAUCUAUCUAUCUAUCUAUCUAUCCUCAAUUUGUUCAUAUUUAUCUCAGUUUGUACAUAUCUAUCUAUCUAUCUAUCUAUCUAUCUAUUUCAGUCUGUUCAUAUCUAUCUAUCUAUCUAUCUAUCUAUCUAUCUAUCUAUCUAUCUAUCUAUCUAUCUAUCUAUCUAUCUAUCUCAGUUUGUUCAUAUCUAUCUCAGUUUGUACAUAUCUAUCUAUCUAUCUAUCUCAGUUUGUUCAUAUCUAUCUCAGUUUGUACAUAUCUAUCUAUCUAUCUAUCUAUCUAUCUAUCUAUCUGUCUGUUUAAGUCUGUACAUAUCUAUCUUUCUCGGUUUCUAUCUAUCUAUCUAUCUAUCUAUCUAUCUAUCUAUCUAUCUAUCUAUCUAUCUAUCUAUCUAUGUAUUUCAGUCUGUUCAUAUCUAUCUAUCUAUCUAUCUAUCUAUCUAUCUAUCUAUCUAUCUAUCUAUUUAUCUGUCUGUUUAAGUCUGUACAUAUCUAUCUUUCUCGGUUUAUAUCUAUCUAUCUAUCUAUGUAUUUUACUCGGUCGAUUCACAUCUAGCUCGCUAGCUCAGUGCACUUCUUCUUCUUCUUCUUCUUCUUCUUCUUCUUCUUCUUCUUCUUCUUCGUCGUCGUCGUCGACUUCUUUUUCUUCUUUGUCUUCCCUUUCAUCUUUGACUUCGUCUUCUUUUCCUUCUUUUUCUUCAUCUACUUCGUCAAUUCUUUUAUUCUGUCUCUCUCUUCUUCUUCUUCUUCUUCUUCUUCUUCUUCUUCUUCUUCUUCUUCUUCAUCAUCAUCAUCAUCAUCAUCUCUUUCUUCCUAUUUCCUCCUUUCUACAUUCAAAAUUUUCUUCUUUCAACAUUUCUUUCUUCUCCUUAGUGGCUUUUUUCUUCUUUCUUUAUUUCCUUUUUUCUUUUUACAAAAUGUCCUCCUUUCUUUCAGAACUUCAUUCAUUCUUCUUUCAGAAUUUUCUUCCCUCUUCUUUCAAAAUUUUCCGUCUUUCUUCUUUCAAAAUUUUCUGCUUUCUCCUUUCUAAGUUUCCGUCUUUCUUCUUUCAAAAUUUCUUUCUUCUUUCAAAAUGUCUUUCUUUCCCCCUUCUAAAAUUUUCUUCUUUCACCUUUCUAAAUUUCCUUCAUUCAUUCUUUCUCCUUCUUAAAUUUCUUUCUUUCUCGUUUCUAAAUUUCUUUCUUUCCUCUUUCUAA